AUCCUAUUUGAAAGAACUGGUUGAAAUUAGGCUGGAAUUACUUCUUGGCAUGGACAAGUUUUGAAUAGAAAUACAUGAGUGGUGUGCACAACUUCUGAAGGACAGGGGAACAACGUAUCAAAUUCUUUAGUGCUAGCAGUGUUGUAAGGAAAAUGAGGUUUAUGCUAUGUAUAUUUUAAUUGUUUUAUAUUUUGCUCUUGCCCUCAGAUUUAUCCCCUCCAAAGAGGAUGGAUACCUUUGAAAGGACUGCAUUCUGCAGGACUCCUAGCAUGGGAUUUCCUUACUCAAUCUCAGUUUGGUGUGCAGACUCUUUCCUAGGAUGGCUGUCCUGUCUGCUCACCCCUUUCUGGGCAUCUUGCAGCUCACAUCUGAGAGCCCCCCUUGGCAGGGUCAGCGUUGCUGAACUGCCACAGAUGUGAGCAUUGGCACAUGCCCUGUACAGCCUAGUCUUUAAAGUUUUGGUAUGUCCAGAAGAGGAAAUCUCAGAAAAUGGAGAAGAGAUGGGAAAAUAAGAAAAAAUGCUAUUUUAUUUUUUUUCUAAAACCUGUUUAUUAAAUGUGGGAUUUCCUGUGGGAGGAGUGAAAUACCAAAUGUAUUGUUAUGGGAGGUGGCAGGCAGGCAGACUAGAAGUUUUAUUAACUACUCGCUUCUGCAGCCAUUUGAUCUGGUAACAUAACUGUCAGAGUAGCCUUUAUUUGAGGGAAAUGAAGUAUACUUAUGGCUAACUCUAGUUAUUCAGUGGAAAUAAAAGCCUUUGGAUCGGUCCUGAUAUUAGGAAUCUAUAUUUUUGAAGAGCUGAACAGCCUGAGUUCCUAUUCUUCUCUGUGAUUUGAAGAUACUUAUAGCAUAACUUCAGUUGGAAGAGAGCCUGGUCCAAGCCCCUUCUCCUGCAGGACCAGCUCCUAGGCUAGAUAAACUUGGCCAGAGUCAAACCUGGAGUUCUGAACUCUGCCCUCAAGAGGGCGGGGGUUCUGCUGUCUCUGCAAGCAGCUCUUUUGUCAGUUUAUGAGUAGGUGAGCACUAUAUAAUACAAGUUUCUCAUAAAAAAAAAAAAAAAAAAGUGAUUGCUACUUCAGAUAUGCAGUUUCCCAAUUUAAUGAGCAGUUAAAUGCCAUUCAGGUGAGUGUGCUCACCCAUUUCUUUUGAAGCCUGAUUUCCUACAUGGCAGGGGAAGGAAAAGAGGGGAGGUGGGGUGACCACGUAGCAAAGAAAUAAGGAUGUCAUUUAUGCCUGCUCUUUGUAUGCCUGCUAUCUCCAAAUCACUGGGUGUGGAUUCAGGGUUUGUUCCCAGUGUUCAUGAUUUUGAUAAGAAACUUACUGAGGCUGAUGCUUACUUACAGAUCUUGAUAGACCAACUGAAGCUCUUUGAUGAAAAACUCCAGAACUGCAAAGAUGAUGAACAGAGAAAAAAAAUUGAAAGUCUGAAAGAAACCACCAGUAGCAUGGUAGAAUCAAUAAAACACUGCAUUGUCUUGCUACAGAUUGCUAAAGACCAAAAUAAUGAGGAGAAGCACGCAGAUGGACUUAUAAGUACUAUAAACCCUGUCGAUGCAGUGUAUCAGCCCAGUCCUUUGGAACAGCCAGUGAUCAGUGCAAUGCCUUCCCACACUGUUAUACCUCCAGAACCUCAGCUGUGCAAGUCAGAGCAGCGACCCUCAUCUUUACCAGUGGGACCCGUAGUAGCGGCUCUUGGAAAUCAGACUCCAACACCAAAUAGUACAGGAAGCGGGCAGUCAGCACCCAGCAGCAGCCUCACUUCUCCAAGCCAUGUCAAUCUGUCUCCAAACACAGUGCCAGAUUUUUCUUACUCAAGCAGUGAGGAUGAAUUCUAUGAUGCUGAUGAAUUCUAUCAAAGCAGUUCUUCCCCAAAGCGAUGUAUGGAUUCUUCAGGGUCUGCUGCAGUCCUGACUCGCAGCAGCACAGGGAGUAGUUUGAAACGUCCAGAUACCACAGAGUCACUCAAUUCUUCCAUGUCCAAUGGGACAAACGAUGCUGAUCUCUUCGAUCCUCCUGAUGAUAGAGAUGAUGAUGCAGAAGGAGAAUCAGUGGAAGAACAUAAGAGUGUUAUCAUGCAUCUCUUGUCACAAGUCAGAUUAGGAAUGGAUCUAACAAAGGUGGUUCUUCCAACAUUCAUCCUGGAAAGAAGAUCACUGUUGGAAAUGUAUGCUGAUUUCUUCGCGCAUCCGGACUUGUUUGUCAGCAUUAGUGACCAGAAGGAUCCAAAAGAAAGAAUGGUUCAAGUGGUUAAAUGGUACCUCUCAGCUUUUCAUGCGGGAAGAAAAGGGUCAGUUGCAAAAAAGCCUUACAAUCCCAUUCUGGGUGAGAUCUUCCGAUGCCACUGGGUACUACCAGGCACUGAAGGUGAAGAUGAUACGGAGCCAGUUUCAGAAGGACCAGUUCCAUGGGUCAGCAAAAGCAACGUAACAUUUGUGGCGGAGCAGGUCUCUCACCAUCCUCCAAUUUCAGCAUUUUAUGCAGAGUGUUUUAACAAGAGGAUACAGUUCAAUGCUCACAUAUGGACCAAGUCAAAAUUCUUAGGAAUGUCAAUUGGAGUUCAUAACAUAGGGCAAGGGUGUGUCACAUGCCUGGAUUAUGAUGAACACUAUAUUUUGACCUUUCCUAAUGGUUAUGGAAGGUCUAUUCUCACUGUGCCAUGGAUAGAGCUUGGUGGAGAAUGCAGUAUUAGCUGCUCAAAGACAGGCUAUAAUGCUUCCAUUGUCUUCCACACAAAACCAUUUUAUGGAGGAAAGAAGCACAGAAUUACAGCUGAAAUCUUUUCUCCUAAUGACAAGAAACCCUUCUGCUCAGUUGAAGGAGAAUGGAAUGGUGUCAUGUAUGCAAAAUACUCAACUGGGGAGAAUACUGUCUUUAUAGAUACCAAGAAAAUGCCUAUAAUUAAGAAGAAGGUAAGGAAAUUGGAGGACCAAGAGGACUUUGAGUCUCGCUGCUUAUGGAAAGAUGUGACCUACAACUUAAAAAUAAGAGACAUUGAUGCAGCUACAGCUGCAAAGCACGCACUUGAAGAAAGACAAAGAGCUGAAGCCAGAGCAAGAAAGGAGAAUGAGACUCCAUGGGAAACAAGGUUAUUCCAUGAAGAUGGAGAAUGCUGGGUUUACGAUGAGCCACUACUGAAACGACUCGCUGCCAGUAAACACUGAGUGGGUUAGAAAAACAGAAAAUGUUCAGGCCUUGACUUAGCAGAGUUCACAUCUGAUACCAAGAUAGUCAUCUGUUGUCACGUACGUAACGUUUGGAGCACCUGUCCCCUCCAGUUACAGAGGUUCCUAUCUCAGGGAUACCGGAGUUGGUGAUGCAGAUAAGCAACUAAACAAAACAGGAAAUGUCUCGGCUGCACGGUGACUUCUGUUGAACUCUGCUAGACUGGUAGUGCAUGCAGGCUGCAGUGGCAGGCUGCUGGAGCCCUUCCACUGAUGCUUCUGAAGCAUUUGGGCUGACAUACACCUUGUAUAACCACUGUGAAGGCCUUGACAUUUUGCUCUAUCAGUUACAUUAUAUUCCUGUUUCUCCCACCCACUGUAAUUCCUACUGCAACAUUUUUUCUUGGAGGAGAUGUAACUGCUAUUAAACAACUGCUACAGCACUGCAGGAAUGAUGCACAGGACAGCUGGAACAGAACAGCAGCCCCUGCCCUCCCACAGCUGGCGAGGGGAAAGCUCUUUUCUCUCCCACUGGAGGAUGGGGCUGUGUUGGGUUGUGCCUGUGCUGAUGAGAGGGGUGUGGGGGGAGUGGUGGAAAACCACGUGAAGGAAACUUCCUUGCCACAGCUAAUAUUACAGCCCUGUUUUAAUAAAAAUAAAUAGGUUCGUAGUAUUGGUUGCAGAAA